GCACUGCGUACCUCACGUAAGCCCAUCAUGCGACCCAUAGUUGUGAGAUGUGAUUUACAAAUACCCCCGAAGUUGUCUUUUGUUUACUCCCGAAAGAAAAAUGGAAUUCCAGUCUCAAUUGUUGUUGUUUUGGUGUUUCUCUACUUUGGUUACAGGCCUAAGUUGCAGUCGCUUAACAGCUAUAACAGAAUAUAGAACUAUGAGUCAGAUAUUACAAGUUCACGCUUUCCUCGGACAUUCUUUCUCAAAGAAUGAGAACUUAAUUCCGGACUCUCUAAAACAUGAUUUAAUUCACCAACGAACCCAAAUCCCGUAUCAUAAUAUCCCAAUACAUAGAGAUGGUAUGACGGGGAAAGUAGUGGAUCCUGAUGUUAAUUUUAAACGGUCAUGUGCUACGGCUACAUCUUGUGGAAUAAAUACUGCCAACACUAGGGUUGAACCAACAAUUAUGAAAUCCAUCCAUGAAAUUAGUAAACAGGCUCUCCGUUCAACUAAGAUGGAGUUUAAUCUAUUGAGUUGUAUACGUAAAUCACCUGACUGUUCUGGUGAUUUACCAACUGUCCCUAGUAUAAUUGAUGAAUUAUUGAAAAUGGCUUCUGAGGAUGUGGUUCAGAAUUGGUGUUUUCCCAAGGGAUAUUUUCUUCGACUAACAGCUCAGAUAAGUGAAGCAGGAACUUUCUUACUACCCAAAAGAGAAACGAUCACGUUUCUUAAAAGACGAAUAAGGAGCUGCAAACCACGUGAAUCCUAUGCUACAAUAGAGGAUACUGUAACACCACUCCCGACCUUAACAAAAUUAAUUCAUAAUCCAGCAUUGCAUUGGGAUUUCGAGCUUGACACAUUUCAAAAACGUGCAAUUCUUUGUCUUGAAAACAACAAAACAGUAUUUGUUUCAGCACAUACAUCGUCUGGUAAAACGGUGAUUGCAGAAUACGCAUGCGCUAUUUGUUUACGCCGUGGUUCACGUGUCAUCUAUACAAGUCCAGUUAAAGCACUUUCCAAUCAGAAAUUUCAUGAUUUUAGGGAAAGAUUUGGUGAAAAUGUAGGACUAAUUACUGGGGAUAUCAAACUAGCUCAAGAAGCAUCACUACUUAUCAUGACCACUGAAAUAUUAUAUAAUAUGUUGUGCAAUGCAUCUGAGAUUAUCAAAAAUCUUGAAAUUGUAAUCUUGGACGAGGUAAGCUAUUGCUUAUCAUUUAAUUACCAAGGUUGUUUAAUAAAAACUAUUUUGUUAUAAUUAUGUUGUUUUAUUAAAUUACAUAUCUGUGGAAAAAAUCGGGCUAGACUAUUGUAGAUGAUUGUCAAAAUUUCUACAUUUCGUACCACAAGACAGUUAAUUGUGAUAAGUUUAUUUGGUUUCAGCUCAAAUACCUUCCAAAACAUAUAGUAUUCCAAAUAACACAAACGUCGUGGGCCCAUAUUCUUGAAAUUAUUAUUACAGUUAUGAUUAUUUUAUUACGUCCUGUUGACUAAAAAUUACUAUAAAGGUAUUAUUUUACGUUAGAAUAAAUCUUAUUGCAAUAACUGAUCACUGCAAUUCAUCGAAAUCACAAACCAAGUAAAGUUAAACAACCACUGAAAACUCGAAAGUAUCGGACAGCCGUUCCAUCCUAGUGUGGGACUCCUCAGAAGUUCACAUCCACGACCCUACAACAGGGAAUCGAACCUAGGACCUUCAGUCUCGCGUGCAAACUUCUAACCGCUAGACCACUGAGUCUAAUAUCAAUCGAUUUACGUUAUUGCGUGGUUAUCUUCUAUGAAAUUCAACAAUAUCCAUAAAUCCAUACUGAUAGUUAUCAUGUGCUCACUAGUGACUAGAUUUAAG